UCAUUAAGUCAAAAAAUUAGAGUUUGUAGGAUUUGUUUUGGUACUGAUUCGGUGAUAGGACGUUCUGCAUUGCUUUUUGAAGAUAGCUAUUAUGAGGAGGAUGGUCUCAACGGCAAUCAGCUUUCUUCUAGAAGAGAAGAUUCGUCGGGUGUGUCAAGUUGUUGCACUGGUUCCGAACAGCUCAAUCCAACACACCGAGUUCAUUCAUCCUUCAUUCCGCGGCACGAUGACGAAGUGCUACUGGAGAUUGGUGACGCGGUCCAUGUUGAAAGAGAAUGUGAAGAUCACUGGUGUUAUGGUACGAACCUGAGGACGAAUCUUCACGGUAUAUUUCCAUCAGCACAUGUAUGCGAAAUUGAUCUGGUGGAAGAAAUUUGCAUGGGUGCACUAUCAAGCAAUGUUACUCAAACAAUGACAAGUGAACGCGAUACUUUUUAUCUAACGAUGCUUGCAUCAAUCGAGGUGGCUCACCACAAAGGAAAUGAUGUGCUUGUGCAGGCUAUGAAUAAGGUGUUAAGUGUUUAUCAAAACAAAGAAGAAAUAAUUGUGCCUCAGACGGUGCUCAUGGAAGUGUCAUUUCGCGGUAUACAUAUCAUCGACAAACGGAAAAAGAACUUUUUUCAAUGCCCAACUUUUGACUUCUUCUACAGCUUACAGAAUAUAUCAUUUUGUGGUGCGCAUCCCAAACAGCUUAGGUAUUUUGGUUUCAUAACGAAGCAUCCGCUAUUACCACGUUUCGCUUGUCAUGUGUUUCUGUCUAAUGCUUCUACACAACCAAUUGUCGAAUCCAUCGGGCGUGCAUUCAAGCGAUCCUACGACGAAUAUAUGGCGUUCGCACAUCCCACUGAGGACAUUUAUCUUGAAUGA